AUGCGUUUCUCAUUCACUCUCCUCGCUGUCGUCGCUUCCGCCGUCGCCGUCUUCGCAUCUCCCGCCGCUGAGAACUCUGAGGGAGGCAUCUACAAGCGAGGUGGCCCAGAAAUCUGCACAUCCAACCUCGAUGGCUCAGGCGAGACUGACGAGCAGGUCACGAAGGACUGCUGCGCCGCCGUCAACCAACAAGCGUACUUCAACGAGGCCGAGAAGCAGUGCCAGCCGUACGGUGGACAUCUCGGUAACAGCGUAGACACGGGUGCUAUGGUCAAGUGCUGCUCUAGCAGAGGUCGUGGGAGCAAGGCUGUCUAAGUGAUACGGUCGUGAAGCUUUGGAGAGGGGAAGGUAGCGGUUGGAGGCUGGAUGGAGUGAGGUGCUGAGUGACGAACGUAUGCUUACUAUUAUAUAAUGUCUUUGAUGACUUUUGGGGGCCUGGUUAUUUAUUUGCGUCGACUUCGGUCAAGCGUUAUGAUGAGCAC